UAAAAUUCAAAUUUAGUAGCAGACCCUCUUGUUUAUUUAUUUUUAAAAACAAUUAUUUAUUUGCAAUUUAAAGUUUCAUUAAUUGAGCUAAAAUGAGAAGACGAGCAGGUGUUGGAGCCAUCCAGAAACAAAAGCUUGAGGCUGACAAAUUCCGUGACAAGGGAACACAAUUACAGGAUUCACAGUUCGAGCAAAUGAGUAAACAAGUUGUUUCUUUAAAGGAAAAUUUAGAAGAGUUUUCAGAUAAGUACAAGUCUGAAAUCAGGAAGAACCCGACCUUUAGACGACAAUUUACAGAGAUGUGUGCUGCAAUUGGUGUGGAUCCAUUGUCAAGUUCCAAAGGAGUUUGGAGUGUUUUAGGAAUGGGCGAUUUUUACUUCGAAUUAAGCAUACAGAUAGUAGAGAUUUGCUUAGCAUCUGCAGAAUCAACUGGUGGUAUGAUGGAACUAAGUGAAAUUAAGGAAAGGCUUUCAAAAUCCCGUCGUCAAAAGAUACAGCAAGAGAUUACAACCGAGGAUGUAUUAUUAGCAACAAAGAAGUUAAAAGCUUUUGGCAACAGCUUUCAAGUACAUCCGUUAGGAAAGAAUCGAUACAUCAUUCAGUCAAUUCCUGGAGAAUUAAGCUUACAAGAAACAAAGGCAUUAAGCACAGCUGCAAAUACUGAGAAUGGUGCAAUCACAAAGUCUUUAUUAAUGAAGGAAUUAGGAUGGAAUGAAAUAAGAACUCAACAAGCUAUUGAUAAAUUAAUAAGUGAGGGACUUGUUUGGGUUGACAGUCAAUGUGAUGAUGAGCCUACCUAUUACUUUCCCAGCUUAUUUCCUGGACGAAAAAAUAAGAUUGAGUCUACAUGAUUUAAUGAUUGAUAAAAGUAAUAAAGCUUUAUUAAACAGAAACUAGUUUUUUGGAAAUAAGUUUACAGCCUGAAGAACUAUAGUCGAUUUCUUUCAAUUCCUCAAAUUCUUGUGCAUUCAUAGUGAUGUUAAAAAGCUUUAAAUGAAUUUCAAUGCAUUUAAUAAAAUCAUCUUUGCUUAGUGGAUUAAAGUCUAUAAUCACAAAGUUCUUAAGAUCGUCCUUGAUCUCGUCAGUCAUUGUAUCCUUAAAUAUUGCUAAUAGUACUAUUCUAAAGUUGCUCCUUUUUCCUUCAUCACGCAUUUGUUGCUCGAAAUCUUUCAAUAAUUCAAUUGCAUAUUCAUCAAUCUCUAAAUCGUCUAGUAUAAUUAAAUUGAAUCCACACUUGGAAAGUCUUGAUCUUGCAAUUUCAAAAAGAUUAAAAAAUUCGUGGACUUUCCAAAUGUAUUUUUGGACAUUUGUUGGAUUUGGGUAGUUCCUUGCUAUUAUCUCAGAUGCUAAAGUCUUUCCUAUGCCUGUUACUCCAUGAAAUAUCAUUUGUAUGUAUUCGUCAUUAUUUGCUAAAUUCAGGCUUCCUUUAAUCAGUUCUAUUGCAUCAUCCUGGCCAACGAUUUCAUCCAGUAGCCUAAUAUUGACUAGAUUUGUAUCGAUUUUCCGAUAACAAUAUUUUUCAUCGCCAUAGACAAUCAUAUUGUAAUUCCUCUCAUACGUAUUCCAAAACUCACAGCUUCCAAAUUUUAACUGAUAUAAAAUAAAGGCUAUAAUUAAUGUAAUUAAUGAUGUCAGGAAGAUUAAGUAUUUCUUCCAUUGAAUUUUGUUCUUUGGUUUCUUUAUUUUUUCGACUUUUCUGCUGUCUUUUUGCUUUGUCAGUGACCUUAUUUCUGAUUGCCGUAAUUUUGACUUUCUUAUUCUUUUGUUCUCAUCUUCCAUUACUGUCUAUACUUAAUUAUAAUUGAAUAAAUGUGGAUAUUUACUUUGGUCCUUGUUUUGAA